AUGGCUCUUCGCUCUGCCCUGACUGCCACCCUCGUGGCGGCAACUGCCCUCUGCAAGCCCACCGUCCUGAAGUCUCGUGCCGUCAUAGACCAUGACGCGGUUGUUGGGUUCGUUGAGGCCGUGCCAGACAGUACUGAGGGGGAUUUGAUGUUGGCAUACAAGCCUUAUCUCAAGGUCUUCAACGGCUGUGUCCCCUUCCCCGCGGUGGAUGCCGACGGAAACACCUCUGGUGGACUGAGCCCAACAGGCGACUCGAGCGGUGGAUGUUCUUCCAGCACCGGCCAAGUGUACACGCGAGCUUCCUCGUACGAGGAAUACUUCGCAAUCAUGUACAGCUGGUAUAUGCCAAAGGACGAGCCAUCCGAUGGUAUCGGCCACCGGCACGACUGGGAGAACGCCGUGGUCUUCCUCUCGGGAGACUCAUCCGACGCCAAGUUCGUAGCCAUGGUUGUCAGCCAGCACGGCGACUACGUGAGCGGGACCACCACCUUUGACGGCACCAACCCCUACGUCGGUUAUAUCAGCUACUGGCCCGUGGACCACUCCCUGAUCUUCACCACGACCGAGGGCGGCAUGCAACCCCUGAUCGCCUGGGAGGAGUUGACGGACGCGGCCCGCGAGGCGCUGGACACGACCGACUUUGGCGACGCCACUGUUUCCUUUAAGGAUUCCAACUUUCAGUCGAGUCUGGCUGAGGCGUACGCCACGGCUUUCUAG